UUGCCUUUUGCAGCCCCCAUCGCCAGACCACAUUGACGUUUGCUGGUUCAGGUUCGGAACAGACCGCUUUUCGGGGGGGAGGCCGCAUUGCGUUUCCCGUGUUUGUUCUCUUCCGCCCUUUCCGCCCCCUGUCGCAUCAAUCGUUUCGGCGUCUUGUAUCGCGAGUCGGAAUUUCGAAUGUGUACCGCGUUUCCAUCCGUUCCGCCCGAAACCGUAGGCGCACCACCACCACCACCGACGAUUGCUGUUGCGGUGAAUGGCGUGCAGCCAUAAAAAUUGUGAAAAGCUCAUUAAAACAAAAGCUCGGCCGGCGGUACACGUAGCGCCACGGAAGCGCUAGUGCCGGCGACGGGUUUUACGGCACACCGGCACACGGGUUUGCCCGGGGAAUAGUAAACGAAACGCACAAGCCAAACAACGUGCCCGCGACAGACGAACUAUUCGGUGCUGCGUGCGAUAAAACGCGAAUCAAACCAACCCCCGCCCGCGUCCUGACAACCACCGCCGUCCCCAAAUCCCACCGUCACCCGAAGAUGCUGACGUUGGUACGGAAUCGGCGAUCGUGGGGCUUCCCGAUAUGGGGAGCACGGCCGGUAUCUCAGAUGUUGCCGCUGAUACUGCUGGCGGUGGCCAGCUUCAUCGUGCGUCCGUGUGACGCCUCCUGUUACUUCCCGUUCGAGUUCCAGGGUGGGUACAUUACCCAGAACACGGUCACGCCGGAGGGUGCGGUCCGGUACAGCCGCAUCAACAUUACGGAGAAUGCGAUCCCGCUGUGGGGCAUGUGCCACAAGCGGCGGGAUAACAACGUGAUCCUGAUGACCGGCUCGGAGGAGGCAAGCUGUUACCGGUGCUUUCACCUGAAGCUCGUCUCGAAGAACGUCCUGCGGGUGUUGGCGGCCGAGAAAGACUAUCUCUCCAAGUGUCACACGAACGAGGAGAAAGCGCUCGCCUCCUGUCUGACAGACGACGAUCUGCUGAACGAGGCCAAAAAUACCGAGAUCAUCCUCUACAAAUUCCACGAGUGGGAUGGUGCCGAGGUGCGGCAGGAGUACUGCCCCAUCCACGGCCGGUACCGGAUGACGUACAGCGUCGACAGCAGCGAUACAGCGGAAGGCAUCGAGUGUGACUCGGUCGAGUCGGAGGUGGACAACUGCCCGUCCGGGUCAGCGUUGAAUUUGCGCUUCCGCAACUGUGCCUUCCCGGACCGGGAGGUGACGUUCGAAUGUUUGGGCCACUGGCGGGGCUUCGGCAACCGGAACUAUCUCGCGCUGCUCAGCACCGGCAAUGAGUCGCGGCUCGGGCCAAAGUAUCGGUGCGCCACCUACACGGAAAACCCGAAGACGGGCGAGAUCGAGAUCUCGUUCAGCCGUGACUCGACCUGCCGGGCCAUCGAACGUCAGUACGUGCGGCAUCCGAAUUCACGCUACACCAACGGCAAUGGGAUUGGCAGCGAGUAUCAUCACGAGGUGCUAACGUUACGCCCGAUUCCACUCGAGUUCGGUCCGGUCACACAGUACUGCAGCUUUCCCAGCUGGCUGAUCGGACGCUGGGAGCACGUGAUCGUCAAUCAGAACCAGCUCAUCUACAAAGACCACAACACGUUCAAGACGUACACGAUGAAGUGCGUGAAGAACUACACCAACCACGACUCCAACAAGUACAUCGUCUACAGCCAAACGCAAUGUGGUGAGGAGAUGUACCAGUGUUUAAAAAUCGAACGGCGCGAUACGAAUGUGUUCGAGUUCCAGAUAAGCAGCCGCCAGUCGGCCAACUACACCGCGACGAUAUGUAAUGAUUUCUACUUCAAUGACGAUCGGUGGCUAACGCAGGGUCGGCUCGAUAGCAACGACAUCGUAUCACCGUGCCCUAUUAUUGGUGAAUUUUCCGGCAUCAUCCCGGACGACGAAGGGCUGUGCGCGAAGCUGUCGUCCGAGUGUGAAUCGCAGGACAUCAUGUACUAUCAAAUUUCCGCCUGCGACUAUAUGAACGAGGUGUACGAAGAGCGCGAAUAUCGCUGCCUUGGUCAGUGGACGCACCGGAACAUUGUGUACACAUACACCCAGCGCCGGGACGUCGGUACGUACGAGUGUUUCGUCGGCACGAUGCUGUCCGAGCGGCAGAUCUUCAUCAAGGAGGCAGGAGAACACUGCCAGCGGGACGUCAACCCGCACCGGUUCGGCAUGGAGCUGAACAAGGUGGCCCACUGCACGCAGCCGGAGGUGUUCAAGUCACCGGGCCGGCCCACCCACAAGUACUCGGACGUCCCACAGCCGACCCAGCGGCCGGGGCUGGCGAAUGGUGGAAGUGGUGGUGUUGGUGGUGGUACCGGUGGCGGGCACACGGGCGUCCUCGCUGGCACCAGCGGCAAUCACUUCCACCAAAGUUCCUCGCCGUCCGCGGUACCCAACUCGACCGUCGCACCACCGUCCAGCGCCACUACCGGGCGCAGUAACGAUGGUAGCAGCCGCGGUGGCAGCGGCACCGGCGACGGUAGCAGCAGUAGCGGUGGCGCUACCGGCGGCAACAGCUAUCCCCCGUAUAAGACUAAUUCCAAACACGAACCGGCCUCGGUAAAACCGGGCACCGUCGGCUCAACGGCCGCGCAUGUACAGUCGCACUAUACCUAUUUAUUGUUAGCAACGUUUAUCUGUGUUAUUCUAGGUUGUAAGAACAUUAGCUGUUAAACCAAUUACCAAUUUGUACACAAGCAACGGACAAAAAUUGAAGAAAAACAAAACAUGAACCACAUGAACA